UUUAAACAUCAAAACCUAAAAAAAACCAUAGCUAGAAGGGGCCUUAUAGCCACAGUUGCAGGCCCCGUCUGCUCCAUUUCUAACAUGUACAAAACGCAUUAGGAAAGUUAGAAGAAAAAGUUAUCUCUUUCGGUCUUUUGAGUUUUGCGUAUAAAGGAAACCACAAAGAAAUGUCUUUGGAUGAGGACAAGAAACGGAAAUGCCUCGUCGCUGGUAGUGUCUCGGCUGUGCUAUUGAUCAUGGUUGUCUCGGUAGCUGUCAUAACAUCUAAAAACUCACCCAAUGAAAAUCAGAUCAGGCAAACCACCAAAGCCGUUAAAGCAAUUUGUGCACCUACUGACUACAAAGAGAUAUGCCUCAAAAAAAUAAUGGACGCUUCUCCCAACUCCACAGAGCCUCUCGAACUAAUAAAGCUUGCCAUCAACGUCACAAUCGAAUCCAUCAACCAGGGCCUCAAGAAAGCCUCUAUAGAUGUUAAACCCAAGACUGAUGAAGACCCAGAAGCAAAAGAUGCUUUUGAGCUCUGUGAGAAGCUAAUGUUUGACGCUAUUGAUGAUCUUAAAAAAUGUGUUAACCGUGGGUUCUCAGCUACUCAAAUUGUAGGCUUUGUUGAGGAUCUUCGGGUUUGGCUAAGUGGCUCCAUUGCUUUCCAGCAAACCUGUAUAGAUUCCUUCAAGGAGAUUAAGUCUAAUACUCUUAUGGUUGACAUGCGCAAGAUCUUCAAACCAUCAAAAAAGCUUACCAGCAAUAGCCUCGCCAUGGUUACUGAACUUUCCACCAUUCUCCCAAAUUCCAACACCACAGGACUAACAAAAGCUCUUUCGAAAUACGCCAGAAAGCUUUUGUCUACAGAAGAUGGUAUCCCAACAUGGGUUAGACCAGAGGUACGGAAGCUCAUGGAAGAAGAAGCACCAACAAUAAUAGAAUUACAACCACAACCACCACCACCACCACCACCAUCGAGAACUGAUGCGGUGGUGGCUCAAGACGGAAGUGGACAGUACAAGACCAUCGCCGAGGCUCUAAACUUUGUUCCCAAAGACAACAGUCCAUUCAUCAUCUACAUCAAAACGGGUAUAUACAAGGAGCAAGUAAAGAUCACUAAGAAAAUGCCUUACGUCACUUUGAUAGGUGAUGGACAAAACUUGACCGUAAUCACCAGCAGCCUCAACUUCGGCAUCGGAAGAGUCAAGACUUUCCUAACAGCCACAGUCACAAUCGAGGGGGAGCACUUUACAGCAAAGGCCAUCGGGAUUGAGAACACGGCAGGACCAGACGGACGACAGGCGGUGGCGUUGAGAGUUUCAGCGGACUACGCCGUGUUCUACGAGUGCAAAUUUGAUGGUUACCAAGACACUCUAUUCGUCCACUCCCAACGCCAGUUCUACCGCGACUGCACCGUCACGGGGACCAUAGAUUUCGUCUUCGGCGACGCCAAGUGCAUCCUCCAGAACUCCGUGAUCGUCUUCAGGAAACCCAAGAAAGGCCAGACGUGCGUCGUGGCCGCUCAGGGACGCAGCGACAGACACGAGUCCACGGGACUGGUGUUCCAGAACUGCCACUUCACGGGAGACGAGGAGUACAUGGCGAUGAGACCCGCGAAGAAGUCGUUCCUAGGGAGGCCGUGGAAACGGUUCUCGAGGACGAUCAUGCUGAUGUCGGCGCUGGAUGACGUGAUCGAUCCGGACGGGUGGCUUCGGUGGAAGGGCGACUUUGCGUUGAAGACGCUGUACUUCGCUGAGUAUAUGAGUGCUGGGUUUGGAGCGAAUGAUAGCCUUAGAGUUAAAUGGCCUGGCGUCAAGAAUAUAACGGAUCAAGAGGCUCAGUUGUACACUGGGGGUAGGUUCUUAGGUGGUGAUUCGUGGAUCCCUCAGACCCAAGUUCCGUACAUUGCCAACUUGUAGG